CAGACUAACAUAGUCCCUCUCUCUUUCUCUCUCUCUCUCUCUGUCUUCUCUUCUCUUUUCUUCAAACAACCAAAGAAUAGUUAAUUAAGAUCUCAAGUGAUGAUGGCCGCAGAAGCAUCCGGAGACCCGAGGAAUAAUUCAUCGUCUUCCUCUUCAUCCUCCUCGUCGGGUGCGAAAAGCAAGAAUUUGCUAAAGAAAGGUCCAUGGACGACGGCGGAGGACAUGAUCCUUGUGGAGUAUGUGAAGAGGCACGGCGAGGGCAACUGGAACGCCGUCCAACGCAACUCCGGGCUCAUGAGAUGUGGGAAGAGUUGUCGCCUCCGAUGGGCUAACCAUCUUAGGCCUAAUCUCAAAAAGGGCGCCUUUUCCAUCGAGGAAGAGAACCUCAUCGUUGAGCUCCACGCUAAGCUCGGCAACAAAUGGGCUCGCAUGGCCGCUCAGCUUCCGGGGAGAACUGACAACGAAAUCAAAAACUACUGGAAUACAAGGCUGAAGCGUCGCCAGCGUGCGGGAUUACCAAUUUACCCUGAAGAAGUAGUCCCGCAGCAGCAGGCAUUGAUGAACUCGUCAUCACCUCUUUUAUCCUCUGGAUCUCCGAAUCCGAUCCCUUUGCCCUUCAACAGUCCUCAGAUGAAGAACUAUCCGACAGCAUCAGACUGGACACCUUUCCUUAAACAGUGUGUGGCUGAAGAUCCAAUAUUGCCGAUGAAUCCUUUUCCGGAGUAUAAUAUUAGUCCAUUGAAGUAUGGUCUUGCAGGGAUGCCUUCGAGCGAGUUAGCAGCGGCGACUUCAAGCGAGGUUGAAUUAGGGUUUCAGCGGACGGGGUUGUUGGGGGAUUUGUUCUGCGAAUACAAGGCUUUGUCUCGCCGGAGAAAGCCAUUGAUUAAUGCUGCUGCGGUUGGGAAGUAUGAUGGUCAUCAAAACGGUGGCGUUUGCAGUGUGAACGAGAAAGAGAAUGGAAGCGCCAGUGAGGAUUGUCGAGGCGAUGAACUUGGGAAAGCGAAGAGUUGUGGAGAUGGCAUGGAAGAUGAGUUAUUGAGCCAGCUUCUGGACAAUUUUCCAUUAUCAGUACCGAUUCCUGAAUGGAAUGAUGGACAAGAAUCGGUCAUGGUCAAUGGUACAAGCGGCACAAUGCAAAGUAGUCAGCCAGUAGCUGAUGACGCUUCGAGUUCGAGGUACAAGUCGGAGACUACCGCAGCAGCUGAGAGCACCAGCACCAGCACCAUUAAUAUUAAUGCUUCAUGCCUUUGGAACAACAUGCCUAUCAUCUACUGAACUUUUACAUUCAUGUUCUAGAAAUUAACUAAUUAAGCUAGCUAUUUCGAUUUAAGAACAUAAUAUAUAUAUAUAUAUACAUGUUUGUGGAAUUCGCUAUUUGAAUCAGCUAGCGCAGCUCUCUGAAUUUUAAUUUAUUUGUAAGAUACUACUAUUUAGCUUG